CUGACACCGCUGGGUGGGAUACAUCGACAAGCACAUUUCAAGCUUUGGUGUGGCCCUGGAGAGGUUCAGGCAGACCAUUAGGGAAAAGGUAUCAGCCUCACUCUCGUUACAAGUCUCUAUUACAAAGCUCCUGUAGCUGUAGACGCUGCAUCCCAAAGGGAAAGUUAAGAUCUGGUCAGCCCGAAACGGUGCCCCCCCCCCGCUUAGCCAGAGGGAUAGUAGGAGCAGGCUGCAGCACAGAGAUGAAGGCUGUUCUGCUGAUACCCAUUGUCGCCUGCUUCGUGGUUAAAGUCCGCAGCAAGAUCUUCAGUCGCUGUGAGCUGGCGCUGAUCAUGCAACGUUGGGGAUUGGAUGGGUAUGAGGGCUACAACUUGGCUGACUGGGUCUGCUUGGCGUACUUUACCAGCGGCUUCAACACAGCCGCUGUGACACACAACUCCGAUGGCAGCUCUGAAUACGGCAUCUUCCAGAUCAACAGUCGCCUCUGGUGUUCUGACCACCACAGUCAAACGAAGGACCUGUGUGACUUAUCUUGCCGCGGUAUGGGCCCCUGCCAGAAGACAGAUUUGCUGACUGAUGAAAUUAUUGAUGACAUCCUCUGCCUCAAGAGAGCUGUGGUGGGCCUGGAAGGCUUGGAAUCCUGGAUGGCCUGGAGAGAUCACUGCCAUGACAGAGAUUUGAGUCACUGGGUAGUUGCUUGCAAUCUGUGAGCUAUCCAUGCCAACAAUGGAAUGUAUAUUCUGCUGGCCAGGGCCUCUACCUGACACUGUUUGCUGUUUCCAGACGUGUUCCAAUAAUGCAAUCUGAUUGUAGUCAUAAUUUCAUAUUUUAGCAAUAAACUCCCUUUUUAGUCA